CAUGAACUACGACGAGAGCAUUGCAUACAUUUCCAGGCUUCUGGAAGAAGCUGGACUUUCACCGAGCACAUUGGAGCUCCCAGUGUCCACGGCGUUCGACAAUCACAGCCUCGAACUAUUGGCCGAGAUAUAUGCCUCGAAGAGUCCGUUGACGGCGGUCGUGUCGGAUGACGAGAAGCAGCCGUUCCUGAUAGACCUGGCGAAGGAGACAGCGAAAAUGUACUCUCUGGACGUGGAUCGUUCUCGCUACCGGACUUAUAUCAUCAAGGCGUCGAAAACCAACAGUUGGAUCUCAAGCGGCCGUUCAUGAAACGGCAGAACGUCCUUCCUGUUUCAUCUAUACAGUGAGAUAAAUUGAAAAUAAAAGCGCAAGUCAAUCCG